UGUUUUCGCAACCUCAGUAUUUUUCAGAGUUUAUUCCUCCUAACCGGACUAUAACCUCCAGACUGCGCACGAUUUGAUCAUUUUACGGUUUGUCCACGUCUCCACGUUUUAACCGCGUUGUUUUCACGCAGCCGGUCGUUUAUUUACCGGGGACUGCUUUGUUUACCGGGGACUGCUCUUCCGUUUACCGGUCACUGGCCCUCUGUUUAUCGGGGACUGCACCUCCGUUUACCGAGGACGUGCUCUGUUUAGCGGUCAGUGGUCCUCUGUUUACCGGGACUGCUCCGUUUGCUCCAGAAGUAGGUCAUUCCUGCGGAGAGCGCGUGAUCCUGCAAGAAAACUCUACACGUGAUGCGUCCCGUCCUGGUGGUCCAUGGGGGCGCGGGGCACAUCCCGUCUGAGCGAGCUCAGGGCUCGAUGGGCGGAGUCUGUGCUGCGGUGAAGGCGGGUUACCACGUCUUUACAGCAGGGGGCAGCAGUGUGGACGCUGUGGUGGAGGCGGUCAUCAACAUGGAGGACAACCCACACUUCAACGCCGGUCGGGGUUCGGUGCUCACAGCUGGGGGGCAGGUGGAGAUGGACGCGUUGGUGAUGGACGGAAGGGACCUGUCGUCUGGAGCAGUGUCUGCAGUCUCAAACAUCGCUAACCCUGUGAAGCUGGCACGCCUGGUCAUGGAGAAGACGAGCCAUGUGUGUCUGACAGCAGGGGGCGCUGCUGCAUUUGCGCGGCAGAUGGGCGUACAGGAAGUGCCCACCGAGUCCCUGAUCACAGAGUACAGCCGUGCCCGGUGGAGGAAGAACCAGGCGCCAGGAGCCAACCCGGUGGAGUGCCAAAUGGGUAAAAUGGGCACAGUUGGAGCAGUGGCCGUGGACUCCGAGGGAAACGUUGCCUGUGCCACUUCCACUGGAGGAAUCCUGAACAAGAUGGAGGGUCGAGUGGGAGACACGCCUUGUAUCGGAAGUGGAGGAUACGCUGAUAACUCGGUGGGAGCCGUCUCCACCACAGGACACGGAGAGGCCAUCCUGAAGGUGGUCCUGGCCAGACACAUCCUCUACCACAUGGAACAAGGCAGGUCUGUGGAGGAGGCGAGCGACCUGGGCCUGUCUCACAUGAAGAGCCGGGUGGUGGGUCUGGGAGGGGUCGUCACCGUGGAUACCAAGGGAGAGUGGUCCGCUCGCUUCUCGUCCAAUCAGAUGGCCUGGGCCGCAGCAUGUGACCAGACGCUGCACUGGGGUUUAUACAGAGGAGAACACUUCACCGAGCCCAUCGUGCAAAAGCUAUGAGGACUGACAGUACUACUACGAUUACCUCUACUACUACUGCUGCUACUGCUCUUACUGGUACUACUAAAUACUAAUACUAUAAUACUCCUGCUGCUAUAACUCCCAUCAAGAAGUAUGAACCAAUCAGGUUUUAAUCAGGACAUUUUAUCUGCAGACAACAAAUCAUAUGAUCAUUUUGGGAGUGGAUUGCACUAACACAAUUUUACAACAUAUUUUAACUUUAAUUUUGUAUUUUUACUGAAUUUUUUGCAACUGUGAUCAAAUAAUUGUGGAGUAUUCUGACAUUUGAGCUUAAAGAUUCUAUAUUACACAAAAUUUGACUCUUGUGAGCUUUGAGUCAGGUUAUAAUGUUGUUCCCUCCUCAAAAACAGACCUGCGUACCUACCUGAGUAGUGUUUUGUUUCCUUCACACGUUUGAGUAACACUUUAUUAUUAGUCUGUCUACGUCUCCAAAGCUCAGAAUGUUCUGUUCCACCUUGUGAUGUCAUGAGGCUGCCUUUUACCUUUUGUUCAGUAGAGAUUCCAGGGCUGAAGUAAUCCAACUGAUUCUAUUGAAGGUGUGGAGUUUAAAAACACAGUGGAGCACUUCCUGUAUUACCACAUGACAUCACAAGGUGGAACAGAGUGUUUUCUGUUUGAGCGAAGAACUUGUGAAUGAAACAAAACACAACUCCAGGGGUGUUUGUGAUGAGGAAACAACAUUAGAACACAGAUCAGAAAAUAGUGUAAAAUGAGUCCUUUAAGAGGUGGAUUUGUACAUUUGAUGAUGUUUUAUAUUAUAUUCUUGUAUAAUACUGCUGCUUUUGUAGAAUGAUGAAGUCAUCAGUAUCUGUAGGAAACAUGAUGACUGCAUUGAAGCACAAAUGUGUUUAAAGUCUUAGAAAUGUGAAGUUUACAGCUUUUCUUUGAUUCUUCUUUCUUUCUCUGUUUCUGUUUCAUUUGUCUCUGAAAUAAAAGUGUACAGGACUGGAGCGUGUUUGUAGAUUAGCAGAAACAUGUGGAAUAAAAGUGCUGUUUUAAUCCAAGGGAAGUUGUAGUAAUGUCUGAUCGCCACUAGAUGGUGCAAACAGACGUGAGGAGCUGGAUUAUAGCAGAACGUCUGUCCUGGACUCUGUUUUGUAACUUAACUAAGAGUUUCAAAAGUUUCAUCAAAAAUGAAAUAAAGUUCAUUUUAUUCAUUGUUUUACAACAU